AGCAGAUAAAUGGAGUGAAAAGGGAAGCCGUCGUGUCCACCACCUCUUCUUACAGUCCCUCCCACUUAUCCGCCCACCUUCCUCUUCCCUCUCACUUAUCUCCCUCUCUCUCUUCUUUCACCCCCUUAUAUCACUCUUUUCCUCCCUUCCAUCACUCUUUCCAUCCUGUGAGGAAUCCUUAUACAUCUCUUUCUUACCCCCCUCUCACUCGCUUUCUUUCCCUCCCAUGAAUAUCCGCAGCCUAUUUUAACACACAACGAGCUGGGGAGAUGGAGGGUGUCACACACGCACACGCGCACGCACACACGCACGCAAACACACAGUUUAUUGGUCGAAUAAACUGUCGAUCCAAGCAUCAUCUUCUUUGGUUGGAUAGUUAGAGCUGUUGGUUAAUGUGUUUUGAUCCGCAGCAUCUAUCCCGCAGCACCGGCUCCUGCCCAUUGCAUCUACUUCGUGCGGCGCACUGGGUUGCGACAGAAGGAGUGGCACCGCGUGUGUACGCGUUAACGUAAGUGUGUGAUAGAAAGAGAGAGAUCGGGAGCGACUGUGUGUGUGCAAGAGGUAGAGUCAGAAAGAGAGAGUGAGAGAGAAAAUAGGGAGAGAGGUAGAGAGAAAAAAUAUGUGAGUGAAUCCUGCGCAUCUCGCUUGAAUCACAGAGUAUCACACACCUCUGGAUAUUUCUGAACGCUCCCGCGGUUAAACCGUCAAUGGAGCUGAGUGCCUGAGCUUUAAUUAAACCAACCGAACACACAAUCGAUACAGAACCGGGACACAGAGCUCUGGAAGCCCCGUGUUUUGGAAGGCGCCGCGCGCUGCAGACAUGGGUACGGUUUUGUCUCUGUCGCCGAGGUCGAGGAAAGCGGCGGGCGGUGUAUGUGUGGACGAGAAACCGGACCUUGCUACCGGCGGGAAAAAACAGGAAAAAAGCCUAAAGAAGCGACCCUCCGUGUUGUUCCAUGCUUUAACAUGGAAGCGGCUGGUCGCCGCAUCCACGAAGAAGAAGAAUGCCAAAAAGGUUAACCCAAAACCAGAAGGCAACCAAGCCAAACCUGACCCAUUGGUGGACCAGCUAAACACAGAUAACAUCAAAAAAUCACUACCGUCCAACGGAAUACUCGACCGAAAACCGACAGGCCCCAAACCCGGACCAAUUCCGGUGCCUGUUCCUACUGUUCCGGACCAGACCCGGAGGCAGGCUCAAAACGGACGCGCUGUAAUCUCCCCUCGGAGGGUGGUGGUGCAGGCGUCCACCGGCGAACUACUGAGAUGUCUCGCUGACUUCCUCUGCCGACGCUGCUACAAGCUCAAAGAACUUACUGCCAACGAGGUGAUCCUGUGGUUCCGGAACGUAGAUAGGGCUCUGUUGGUGCAGGGCUGGCAAGACCAGGGUUUCAUCACACCGGCAAACCUUGUCUUCGUCUACUUGCUCUGUCGAGAGGCUGUGGAAGAAGACACGGCAUCUGAAUACGAGCUCCAGGCGACCUUCCUUACCUGCCUGUACCUGGCCUACUCCUACAUGGGCAACGAGAUCUCAUAUCCACUCAAGCCCUUCCUGGUGGAGUCCAGCCGGGAGGCAUUCUGGGAGCGGGCCCUGGGCCUCAUUGACCGGAUGAGCAGGUCAAUGCUGAGGAUCAAUGCAGACCCCCACUACUUUACCGAAGUGUUCCAGGAUCUGAAGAACGAGGGAGGGUCAAAGGAGAAAGAAAAGGAGAAGGAGAAGGAAAGGGAGACGGAGAGAGAGAAGGAGAAGGACGGGAAACGGAUCAGUGAUUUGGAUCGUUAAGAGACGGAGAAGAGGAGAGAGAGCGAUAUGGGGAAUUGGUUUAGGAAACGUUCACGGACACCAGCCACGCACCCGCCGGUUGUUUGAGCGGGAUUGAAUGUAUACGGUUGGUGAACCGGACAGAGGCGCGAGGGGGAUUUUAUCAGGAACCGGAGUCGGGGGAAUCUGUUACUCGCCUCGCUUCACCUUGCCCGUUAACGAGUCGUGUCUUUCAAUGUGUUCAAUCAAAGCUCGGGGAAUCUAAGGGACACUAGGCCUACACGGGACUAUGGGGUUAACGGGAUAGCUAAAAUUAAGUUACCUGCAUGCUGUAUAAAAAGUAUUGAUUGUACGUUUAUUGUGGCUUUUGAGAAAUUGGUAGGCUAUUAUAAGGUGGACCAAAGUGAUAGCUUAUAGUGCGUCCGUGUUUUGGAGUAGCCUAAUAUUCGUUUCAUGAGAUGGAGGUUAUAAAGAGGAAUGUCUCGCGACACCGUGCACUCCAAGAUACUGGACUGUGUGCGCAAGAGUGAGGCCGACUGCCCCCGCUCAACUCUGAACGUUGAAUGUACUACUUUAUCACUCCAAACCAACGGAAUUCUUUACCGUGAACAUGCGCCAUCUGUUACUAUGGUAUAAAACGUUCUGUUUUAUAUAUUGUACAUUUAAAAAGAUCAGUAUAAAUCGUUACAAUCGCUCCCCGUGGCUCGCAGCAAUGUUUAUUUGAUAUGUGGUUAUUGUGCUCAAGAUCAUGCAGCAUGACAAAGUGUCAGUACACUUUAAUGGACAGCUUAACUAGACCCCAUCUUUAUGACUGACCCUAACCCUACCACCCUAGACAGGCCUAGUAGCCAAUAGCCUACAAUAGUAAGGCAACAGUCAACAGCCGGACGGACACUGAUUUCAGUGGUCUCCAUGUUCCCAGCUGUAAUAUAUAAUCUACCUGUAAAGGAUGAAGCAAACAUGACUACACCCAAAGUUCAGAUGAGAAGGUCUAUUAGUGGGCAUUUUCUUGAAGGAAAAAAAUUGAUUCGUGAUGGUAACUGCAGGUCGUCCAUUGAGCAAAGCAAUGCGCCUGGCAUUGUUGCUGUCCGUGGUUCUGUAACAGCGUGGUGCUGAAAGUGCGACGCAUGAGAACGAUUUUAUGGCCCGUAACCAAAGUUUAAAAAGUGAUAUUUUCAACAUUAUAAUAUAUUUUUUCAUCAUCAUAAUAAUUAAUAUCCACAUCAUCUCCCCUCCCCGCCAUCAUCAUGAACCCCUGCUCCUCCUCAUCUUCAUUCCUGCGCGUGUUACCAUUCUGUGAUGACUCAUCAGCUUAAGCGCAAAGAGAAGCCCCAGAAUUUGUGAAUAAAGAUACACGAACCA